UUUAAUUCCUUUUAGUUCUUGUUGAUUCUGCCUCAGUCUGAGAUCUCUUCUGACCCCACCAAACACACAAGAAGAAAAUGGCCACACUUGGAGACCUGGUGAUAAGAUUUUUCUUCAUGGCUGUCCUCAUGAGCCCCCAGAAGUCGUGGGCUAUCAGAGAGGAGCACACCAUCAUCCAGGCGGAGUUCUAUCUUUCCCCCGACCAAAAUGGAGAGUUCAUGUUUGACUUUGACGGUGACGAGAUUUUCCAUGUAGAUAUUAAAAAGUCAGAGACCAUCUGGAGACUUGAAGAAUUUGCACAGUUUGCCAGCUUUGAGGCUCAGGGUGCAUUGGCUAAUAUAGCUGUGGACAAAGCUAACCUGGACAUCAUGAUAAAGCGCUCCAACAACACUCCAGAUGCCAAUGUGAUUCCAGAGGUGACUGUACUCCCCAAAAGCCCGGUGAACCUGGGAGAGCCCAACAUCCUCAUCUGUUUCAUUGACAAGUUCUCCCCUCCAGCGGUCAAUGUCACCUGGCUUCGGAACGGACAACCUGUCACCAAAGGCGUGUCAGAGACGGUGUUUCUCCCAAGGGAGGACCACCUCUUCCGCAAAUUCCACUAUCUGACCUUCCUGCCCUCCACGGAAGAUUACUAUGACUGUGAGGUGGAUCACUGGGGUCUGGAGGAGCCUCUGCGGAAGCACUGGGAGUUUGAAGAGAAAACCCUCCUCCCAGAAACUAAAGAGAAUGUCCUGUGUGUUCUCGGGUUGUUUGUGGGUCUGGUAGGCAUCGUCGUCGGGAUUGUGCUCAUCAUCAAGGGCCUUCGGAAACGCAACGCAGUGGAACGGCGCCAAGGAGCCCUGUGAUGGCUUCCGUGAGAGCUCAUUGAAGAAAUGUGCUGUGACAGCAUCUGAGGAUACCCCUUUUCUCAGCUCUUCACCUCAGCAGAGACGGCAUCUUCUGCAGUUUCCAACCUCAAGCCUCGCGGCAGAUUCUCUGGUCUAAUGUCUGGCUGGGGUUCUCCGUCUGCUUCCUGUAUCUAUAUUCUAUUUUCCAUCAUUUAUAGUAAUUCCUCUGUGGCACAUAUCACAGAGCUCUUCCUCCGCUGCGGAACUUUCUAAGAAUGGAGGCAUCUUCUGUUCACUUACGGCUUGACAUUUCUCCAAACUGUGUUUUCUUUUUCUUUUUUUCAAUAAAUAAUAAACACCUUGGGUCCUGAA